CGCCUAACAACUCUCAUUCACCGGCAGAUAUGUGAAAUCAAAACCAAAACAAUGGUCUUUCUAGACAAACCAAAUAACCAUGCUGGUUAAUUUUAAUUGUUCACUGUUUGGAAACGUUUGUCUGGAAACUGGUUAAGUUAUGUGUGUAGAUUGCUGACAGUUUUUUUUUUUUUUUUGCUCCAAAUGGGUACAGCGCUGACGACGGGCUUGAGAGUUUUUAAGAGUUUCUGAAACUCUUUCUUUCUGGAUCUGGUUGUGGUCCGGGACUGUCAUUAUGGAUGAUGGAAGCGCGGACACUGAAGCGCUCGUCCGGAGCUCGAGUGAAGAUGUUCGGUCUCACCUGGACUCGAGAAACACGGCUAGCAAGUUCAAAGUUUACAAAAGGAGAUGGUUCAUCCUAUUUGUACUCUGCCUGCUAAACUGUUCUAACGCAAUGUCAUGGCUGACUUUUGCUCCUGUGGCCGACCAGACGGCACAAUAUCUGCAAGUCUCUCUAAAUCUGGUCAACUGGCUGUCGCUAGUCUAUGUAGUGGUUGCUAUCUUCUUCAGUCUGAUCACAACAUGGGUGCUGGACACACUGGGACUGCGCUUCUCGCUAAUCAUGGGCUCAUGGCUCAACAUGUUGGGCGCUAUCCUGCGUGUCAUUGGCGUGUUGAACUGCAUCCCUGAGUGGGCCAUAUUCCCUAUGGUUAUGGGGGGGCAGACGCUCUGCGCCCUUGCCCAGCCUUUGGUCAUCUUUGCCCCCACCAAGCUGGCAGCUAUCUGGUUCCCUGAUCACCAGAGGGCCACAGCUAACAUGAUGGCUUCCAUGGCCAAUACUGUUGGGCUGCUCUUAGCGAAUAUCUUCUCUCCGAUGAUAAUUAGUUACACCAGUACUCUUUUCAAGCUGCUGUUGAUAUAUGCUAUACCUGCCAUCGCAGCCUGUUUUCUAGCAACAGUGGGGAUCUGUGAACGCGUCCCCCCGACACCCCCCUCUGCCAGCAUGGUGACCUCCAGCUCUGAACCUUUUCUACACGGGGUCAAACUGCUACUGACAAACAAAGCAUACAUGGUCCUGCUGGUGUGUUUCGGUUCAGGAAUAGGGGUAUUCACUUGCUUUUCCACCUUGCUGGAGCAGAUACUUUGUGUCAAGGGCUACUCAAAUGACUUUGCAGGACUGUGCGGUGCAGUUGCUAUUGUAUUCGGUGUUGUGGGUGCUUUUCUCCUCGGCCUGUACGUGGAUAAGACCAAGAGGUUUACAGAAGUCACUAAGAUAAACAUGUGUCUGACAUCCCUGGGCUGCUCUGUUUUUGCUGUGGUUUCCCAGUUAAGCGAGCAGAAGGUCAUCAUUGGUGCAGUGUGUGCGUGGUUUGGAUUUUUUGGGUACUCUGUAUAUCCCAUUGCAAUGGAGCUCGGAGUUGAAUGCUCGUACCCUGUGGGUGAAGCAACAUCCUCUGGAUUGAUCUUCGUGUCUGGACAAAUUCAGGCCGCCCUUUAUCUGCUCCUGCUACAAGCUCUGGCCAAACCAAUGGUAGAUUCUCCAUUAUCUGUAUGUGCUGCUGGAGCAGAUGCCAAUUUGAGCUGGACAGUGCCAGUGCUGGUGAUGGCAGGCCUGUGUACUCUGGGCACCUGCUGCUUUGUUGGCUUUUUCCACACGGAUUACCGGAGACUCCGUGCGGAAGCCACAGCCUCACCAAAUACAGAGACAGACCAAUCAACAGGAGGAGACACCUGGGCAAACAGCAUUGAUGCAUAAAGGGACAGACUGAUCUAACAGCAAGAGAAACCACUAAUGACAGUGUUAAGUACACUUUAGGAAGUCUUUUACCUCAUUAACACUGGAAAUAUUGCCUUAAAUCCUCAGACGUGGUACCAGUUUAACCGCAAUUAAUGUUACAUAAAGUCAAACCAAGACCAAAUGUUGUUUCAUGCAAUUUUAAUCUAAUCUAGUUUUUAUUGUAAUACAGGGUACAGGGAUUUUUUUAACUAUUUUUACCUAAUGCAUUAAUAAUUAUUUUACGGUGUAGUUAUUUGAUGAGGUACAUGUGUUGUUGGAUUUUUAAAGUUGGAAACUAAGGCUAUUAUUUAUAUUAUGAAAGUAGAGAUAUAUAUGAGUGGAACAAAAAUUCUUUAGGACUAACUUUCUACCUUAAAAGUAUGUGCAUAAAUAAAGAGCUAUUUGAUAAGAAUAACUGCUGUGGUUUAAAAACAAAAACAAAA